CGCACGCGUUUAGGGUGAAUCGAAAGGGGGCACCCUCGAAAAAGGGCGGGGCCCCGUACAAAAGGGGCCCCGAAGAUAACCAACCCCUGGGUGGAGUUAGCACCCCGUAUAUAUUGCUCGAGCGAUAGUCCACCGGGAAACAGAUCAAGGUACACUAUCGAACAGCGAGGAUCUCUUGUCUCGAAAGUCGUUUGUAUCUACUUACAACCUCAGAGCAUUCACUCUAAUUGCUCGAAUUCACUUCACGCAAGAAACAUCUUAGAAUUGACAGCAGCCUUGGUGAUACUUGGGAUACAACGAGAUCAAUGUUCAAACAAUCAGGUGAAACCCGGUGAAUCGAUCGAGAGACUGUGCACAACGACGCUUCAGUGACCGCGAGAUUGUUCAGUGUUUCGGAUUGUCGAGUGUUGUUGAAUCUGAUCGAAGAGGAUCGCACGAACUCAAAAUUCACCGCGCAUAGAAAAUAAGUCAACAUGUCGCGAAGCUUCCUCGUGGACUCGUUGAUCGGAAACAAUUCGCCACCUGCGUACCCCUUGCCCUAUUACGGUAAUCAAUUGCCGAGCUACAUGUUCAACUUUUUCAAUCUUGGCCUGGGUUAUCAGCCGAUAAGACCGGUACCGAGACCACCGGCCAUGCCUGUCCCGGUUUCAAUCAGUCCACCUGCUUUGGGAAGCAUGCGACCAGUCCCUGGCCAGAGUCCUCCAUCGCCUUUAAACACUUCUGUCAGCAGACUCUCGGAUGUUUCAGCACCGAGCGAGGCAUCACCCUCGCGUAAUAGCACGCCAACACCCCCGCCCAAGUCUCCGAACUCCAUCAACAGCUCCAAGAGGAUUCGAACAGCCUUCACGAGUACCCAAUUACUGGAACUCGAGCGCGAGUUCGCUUCGAACAUGUAUCUGUCGCGGCUGAGGCGAAUCGAGAUCGCGACGAAUCUCCGAUUAUCCGAGAAACAGGUGAAAAUCUGGUUUCAAAAUCGGAGAGUGAAGUACAAGAAGGAGGACCUGCCUUCCGGGCAGAGCCAGAAAUGUUGUUGCCUGCGGACGUGCGGCAAAAAGAGGGAGGGGUCCUGCAGCGACGAGACCUCGAGUCGAAAAUGCGAGCAGGACGACGAGAAGUCGAUGAGAAACGAAAAAACCGACGCGACGAUUGACAAGCCCGUCGAUACGAUCGGCCACGAGGAGUUGUCGAAUUCCAUGGCCGACCGUUUCGAGCACUCGGCCCCGUCGUCGUUGGUCGUGACAGACAGUUCGCAACGGUUCCUACAGGAAACGGAGGAGAAAUUAAAUCUUCCGAGGGUGAGCGCGAUGGCCGAUCGUCCCGGUUACGAGAAGGACGUUCACAAUUUGUCUAGAGGCUUGAAGAGGAACAUGGUAGAUACAAUCGAGGAAACGGGCGAUAAAAAGAGACGAAUCGAUAGCUCCAUUUAUCAGACUACGAUUCAGGAGACUGCUAUCGGGCCUGUGUUUAGAAGCAUAGGAUGCACCAAGCAUACCGUGGAAAGGAUCGUCAAUUCGUAGAAUGGAAUUGCGCUUGCCACGCAAUGAACGACCUUCCAAGAUUACGUUCCGCGUUUCUCCAUUACGAUGUCGUUGUAAAUACAGUUCUACGCGAACCUUGUAAAUACUGUGUAGGUAUAUAUUUUUUGUACGAGCAGCAGAGCGAUAAAAAGAGGAAGAGAA